AUGGGCCUGUGCGCGCGGGGUUGGGCGCGCGUGGGGCUUCCAGUCGCCCGCGCGGAGAGGGGCGGGUGGGGACCCUGGCGGGCUGGGCUCCGUCUCCACGGCAACGGCGGAGCGGCCUACCCAGGCGGGAGCACGGGCCCGCGAUGGCGGCGGCAGCGGGAGGAAGAGUGGAGCCGCCGGAACAAGACGGUGCUGACUUACCUAGCAGCCGGAGUGGUGGGCAUGGCGGGAUUGUCCUACGCGGCGGUGCCGCUUUAUCGGCUCUACUGCCAGGCUACUGGACUUGGUGGAACAGCAGUAGCAGGUCAUGGUUCAGACCAGAUUGAGACGAUGGAACCUGUAAAAGAUCGCAUAAUUAAAGUUACCUUCAACGCAGAUGUACAUGCAAGCCUUCAGUGGAAUUUCAGGCCUCAACAGACAGAAGUAUAUGUGGUUCCAGGGGAAACUGCAUUGGCGUUUUACAAAGCAAAGAAUCCAACUGAUAAACCUAUAAUUGGAAUUUCUACCUACAAUGUAGUACCUUUUGAAGCUGGGCAAUAUUUCAACAAGAUACAAUGCUUUUGUUUUGAAGAACAACGACUUAAUCCUCAUGAAGAAGUAGACAUGCCAGUAUUUUUCUUCAUUGAUCCUGAAUUUGCAGAAGACCCAAGAAUGGCUAAUGUUGACUUGAUCACUCUUUCAUACACUUUUUUUGAAGCAAAAGAAGGACAGAAAUUGCCCCUUCCAGGUUACAAUUAAUACUGCACCACCUGGAAUGGAUUCCUGUGCUCUUCAAUACUGACGACCCGGAGACUAUGGAGGAGGCUGCUGAAAAACAAAAACAAAACUGUGCUUCGGAUGUUGAAUAGUAACAGAUGUGCCACUCUUUUGAAGAUGCAAUAUUUAAUUUUAUACACAGCAACUAUGAUUGUGAAUAUAAAUAAACAGUACUCCAUGUAUAGUAUGAGUUAGUUUCAUAACUCAAUUCAUAGGGGAUGUCUUGGUAUUGAAAACAGUGCUUUUGGAAGAUUUGUAUUUUAAUAAGGGUUAUUUGGAAUCAUUUGCAGAAAUGCUAGUUGUAAAUAAGGUGAUGUGAGUUUAUCUGUUCAUACGUAUGAGAAAUAGCAUUGUGUCAGACAUUUUGUCGGGUUUUGACAAAAAUGCAACUGAUAUAAUAUAAUGGAAUAUAUUGAAGCUCAACUAUUCUGUACAGUCCUCUUAAAAUUCUACUACCUAAAUCCACAUUCAACCUAUUAACAACCUAUACCACUUGUCUGUUGCUCAUUUCCAGACAUUAUAACUCAUGAGAAAACUUCCAUCCUAGUAACCUCUGCUAUUAAAGUGAUUUUUGGGUGACAUGCCAAUACUUCACUUAUGUUGUUUUCUUCAUUGUUGCUUUGAAAGGUAAUAAUCUAUUUAAUCUGGGAAUUACAGUGAUGCCUCUUACAAUGAUGACUGCUUGACUAAGAGGAUGUUACUGUCACACUCUUUCAGUGCUAUUUAAAAAGGAAUAGGUUUCCGAUUGUUAACUGCAUAGUGUUCUGAUUUGGUGAGUGGCAAUCAUUGAUGAAUGUAUAAUGAUUUAAACAAUUGUUGCUUCAUGCAAACAAUGUGAUGUUUUUGUUCUUAAUGUACCCACAGGGAAUGGUAGAUGCCGGAUAAAUGUAGUUUUUGGCUGCUUGAGAGUUACUAUCAAAAAUAUAAAUAAUACUAUACCACAUACCACAAAAUGUAUAUUGACUUGAUAUUUAUACUGAAAUAUAGUACAGUAGAGUCUCACUUAUCCAACAUUAACGGGUUGGCAGAAUGUUGGAUAAGCGAAAAUGUUGGUUAAUAAGGAGGGAUUAAGGAAAUGCCUAUUAAACAUCAAUUACGUUACGAUUUUACAAAUUAAGCACCAAAACAUGUUUUCCAACAAAUUAACAGAUAAAGCAGUUCAAUAUACAGUAACGUUAUGUAGUAAUUACUGUAUUUACAAAUUUAGCACCAAAACAUUGCAGUGUAUUGAAAACACUGACUACUAAAAGGCAGAUUGUGUUGGGUAAUACAGAAGGUUAGAUAAGCAAAGGUUGGAUAAGCGAGACUACUGUAGUUAAAAGCGAAUAAAACAAAUAAUGAUAAACUAAAUGCAACACAAUUUUACUGUAUUAUAAAAACAGCUUUGUGAAUGCAGUAUUUCUUGAAUUUUUCCUUGGUUGUUUGAGCAUUAUGGUUAACUGAGAGUCUACUGUAUUUUGAAGACAUAUAAAAGGUAACACUAGUGUUAUUGCAAACAUUAUUGUACUGUGAAAACAAGGGUUGGGCAGGGAUAGGAUGUAUCCUUAAAAUAUAACUUUUAUAAAAUGUAUUACUUCUAUUAAAGCAGAGGUGUACAACAA